CUCUCAACCAAAGGUUAGCAACAGUGGAUAGACUGGCAAAAUGGAAGAUUGAUGUGCCGAAGGAAUGUGUGUUAUGCACUAGCCAGAAAGAAGAGACGCUGGAUCACCUUUUCUUUGAAUGUGCUUAUGCUAGAUCAAUAUGGGCUGCAUUAGUAGGCUGGUUGAAAGAAAAGCACAAUGUUGGAAGCUGGGAACAAGAAUUAAAAUGGUUGAUCAAGAGGACAAACAACAGCAGACCACGAGCUCAAGUUCUCACAUUUCUAUUUGCAGCAACAGUUUAUUACACAUGGAUGGAGAGGAACAAAAGAAGAUUUCAGAACCAGUGUAUUACAUAUGUAGAAAGAGUUCGAGAAAUAGCCUUGCAGCUGCAUAUCAAUGGUUAG